ACCGGCCCAGCGGCCUGAACCCGCUGAAGGCGCCGGGAGCUGCCGCGCCGGUUUUAACCGCAGGCCCCGUUACCCGCUCCGGGCAUGAAGCGGGGACGGGGCCGUUCUCAACCCCCUCUGAGGGAAGAAGAUGAAUAUCUGCAAUAAACCUCCCAAUAAGACAACUCCAGAGAAUUUGGGCGAAGCUGUUCCUGAGGUGCAGGUCCAACGCGCUCGAAGGAAUGGCUGGAGCUGGCCUCUGCACUUUUUCCAGAUUAUUGCCUGGUUGCUGUACCUGUUCUUUGCGCUGGUUGGCUUUGGAAUCCUGGUUCCUCUCCUGCCCCGCCACUGGCUGCCCGCUGGCUAUAUUGAGUCUGUACGGACUAAGAAACGUGGACCUAUGUCAACAGUGGGGUCAGAUUCUGUCUCCAUUGAUCCUGCGGAUGCAAAUGUGCGAGAAAAAAACUAUCUAGGGCCUCUGGCUACCUUCAAUCGUAAUCAACAUGCACAUGUAAUUGAAAACCAUCAUUGCCAUGUCUGUGAUGUAGAUGUGAGUGCCAAGUCAAAGCACUGUGGAACUUGCAACAAGUGUGUGUGUGGCUUUGAUCACCACUGCAAAUGGCUCAACAACUGUGUGGGAGAGAGGAAUUACUGGCUCUUUUUGAAUAGUGUGCUGUCUGCCAUUCUGGGCCUUGGGCUUCUGCUGCUCGUUGCUUGCUACGUCUUUGUAGAGUUCUUCAUCGACCCCAUGAUGCUUCGCUCCGACCGGCACUUUGAUGCUCUAAAGAACCACACGGACCGCUGGUUUGUGUUUCUGCCUGCAGCUCCUGUUGAGACUCAGCCAUCUGCCAUUUUGGUCACAGCUGGGAUUUUUAUUCUUCUGAGCCUAAUGACUGUGAUCCUGCUGGGCCACCUAUUGACCUUUCACAUCUAUCUCAUGUGGAACAAAUUGACUACGUACGAGUACAUCCUGCAGCAGCGUCCCCAGCAAGAGGCAAAAGGGGUAGACAAGCAACUGGAGUCUUGUCCCUCCCAAGUGAGACCCAGUCAGGAAGCAGACUUUUUUUCAGGUAACCCUGGCUAUACAGAUCCUGGUAUUCAAGUAGAGGAAUUCUCAACAGUAACUUCAGGAAAAAGCUUUUCAGAGCUCUAUGUCCGCAAUGAUGAAGCUGACCCUGAGCAGAGCUCCUCCCCUGACCUCCCAGCUCUUCACUUUGCGGUCCCCUCUCAGCAACAGAAAAAAAGAAGAAAGAAGACACAUAAAGCUUCUUCCUCAGCAAUGGACAGCAGAUCUAAAACACAUGCUAGACCUUGGCCCUCUUUACAAGAUCCCCAGUCAGAGUUCUCAGCCAUGGCUGCUGCCACCUCAACUUCCCACAGCCGUCACCUCCUAGUGCCAGCUUUUCCUCUGAGAGCUGCUGUGCCCCCCAGCAGCAUCGGCCUCAUCCAGGGGGCGGGACCCCCAGCUCACUAUCACUUAGAGUCCGCCGAGUCCAUGGAUGAGAUUCCUGUGGCUCAGACUCGCCUUGGGAGCACAGCUCUUCAUGGGCCUCCUAAGAAUAACUCAAGCAACUCUCAACACUAUCCUUUGUCCACAGACAGUCCCAGAGGUGACAGGAAGAAGAAUCUGUGUUCUGGACACAAGGUAAAAAGGAAAAGCUGCCAGCAAGACAGACGCGUGGAACGAGACCUGGAACUUUUUUCUAAGAUUCCUGCUGUGUUUGUAAGUAAGAGCAGUGGAGAACCUCAUGUCUCUCAGCCCCAGCCCAGUGAGAGCACAUCCGAGCCACACCACAGAAAAUGCACCAGCAAGCAGCACAUGGGCAGACGUGAUUCAUGCUUUAAGGACAUAAGGACAAACACCACAGCGGCCUAGUGAUCAGCUUUCCAAAGCCAUAGCCUCUGGGGACAAGGCAAGAGGUUCUCUUUCUACUUGUAUGUUGCUGUCCAAAGAUCUUGACUCCAGUGACUUGUCUUUUUCCCUGGAGGUAGCAGCAUCCCUUUACCUGAUGCUGCCCAUCUUCCAGCAAACUAGCUGAGAGGCAGUAAAAAACCCGCUGCAUCGUUUCUGGCUGCUGCCUCUUCCUAAGCCAGGAGUGCCCCCGAGCCCAGUUCUACUCUCCUUGUCAAGGGGAAACAGUCUCCCCUGAUAGGGAUGUGCCCAGGGCUGCCACUGGUUAAGGACUGCAGCAUUAGUAUUCCGUAGAGGGCUAAGGGACUCAUCCCUGCACUGUGUGCUAGCCAUCAGACUGCAGUGAGACAUUUCUCAUGCUCGACCAAAAGCAAGAAGCAAUAAGGUGGCAAACCUGAGGUAGGCAUGUUGCUAGAGAGAAUUCGAGUGCUUUCCGUAGGAAAGGGCUUCACCCUCCUGGCCCUCUGCACACGAGUACGGCAGUAACUUUCUGGGAGAGUGCAUGGGGAAGAACAAGGCUGCAUUUCUGCUGUUCCUUGGCACCCUGGAAACUAAAUUUCCCAUCUGCCUACAUCCUGUCAGUUUUUGGAUCAUGCCCAGGGGCUUCAGCAGGUGGUCAGGGAGUAACCUCAGGAUUGCCCUGUCCCUAUACUGCUUUCCACUGUGUACCCUCAAGCCAAGUCCACCACCAGCAUGUACUCUGUAAGGCAGCGUAGUUUGACCUGCUCCACCUUCCCAGCACCCUGAGGUGCCGCACAGUGCAGCUUUCUCAUCAGAGAGCUUUCUCACCUUUCCAUUUCCUGGGCUGCCAGAUCCCCGUUAGUCCACAGCCAAGCCUGGAGUCUCUCUACUGCAGAAAAAUCCUGCAGCAGACACUGGGGCACGUAGCCAGUGCCUCAAGUCACAGCACCCUGUGCUGGUGGUGAGAAGCAGAGAGCUGCCUGGGCUGCCAAGCUACAGCACCUCGGCUUUCCCUGCCCUCUUGGCUUCCCCAGGCAGCAUGCCCCAUUCCAAAUUCCUGGCUGAGCACUGAGGUCGGGGCUGCCAGCAAGCCCAGAUCUGCCUAGCAGCCAGCUAACCUCAGAGCCCAGGAUAGCAGCUACGCACACAUCCCAAUGGGCCUUGCCACUGGCAUGGGUGUGCCUGACACGAUUUGUCACUUGAGAGCCGUGGCACCUGCACAGCUCCUGCCUCCCCAGCAUGGCCAGUGCCCUGAGCGGCAGCGGCUGGCUUGGCCAGUUGCACUGUUUCUGGACAAGCCCUUGAUGCUGCACGCUGCUGGUGUGUGUGAACAAAUAGGUGCACCAGCAGAGAAGAGGAAGCCCGGGAAGUCUUUAUUACUCUACCAAAUGUUUUGAUGCAUGGAAACCACAACCAGCCCUUUCUCCAGCCUAUGGUGGGUGCAGGUAGGGAAGACAAGACAAAGUGGGGUGCCAUGUGGGUCGAGCUAAGCUGUUCCUCCCCUCGCGUAGCUCAGUCUGCGAACAUUUAUCAGAAAUGGUUGAGAGCAGGACAGGAUAUCUGGGCACAAAUGCCCUCUGGGCAAAGCCAACAUGGGACAGGCAGGCUGGACUCCCAGGUUUGAUGUACACACUUCCCAGCCCGGCUGUUGCCUGUCAUCCCAGUGCUCACGCUGGCUUCUGUGCUGCUCUGAGGUCCACACAAAGUCUGCUUGCCCUGGAGCUUUAGGUCCAGACAGAUUUCCUUCUGUGGAGCUUACUUCAGCAGAGAGAGGCAGGAAGGUGGCUACUGUAUGUUGAAAGCCUCAGCUCAUUCCAGAGGCACCCCUGAAUGCUGGCAGCUGGCCCAGCUCCCUUGGGAAGCACCCCAGCACUGUCACCUGGCCAACACCAUGCUGUGUGGUGCUCAUGCAGUGGACAUUUCAAGUAGUGCUUGCCUUCAAGGAGAAGGCAAAGUGCUGCGGCUGCUCCUGGAAACCCAUGAUCCUUGCAGAGCUGAAGCUGGAGUAGGGGAGUCCUCCCUUUGUGGAAGGGUUUAUGGGGUAAGUGUGGCUCAUAGACAGGACCAUCCAGGCCAAGCACUCCCUGGGACAGUCCUUGGCAAAUUCUGGCAAGGCAGCGUAGCUACGAUCACUGACCCUGGCCUUCUUUAAAAGCCUGUCUUACCAUCCUUCUCUGUUGUCUGAUUUUUGACUCCUGAAAGAGCUGGAACGAGGAGCCUUGACUCUUCAUCGAAUUCCGCAGGCCAUUGAUCAGCAAAAGUGAAGUCUCAUAUAGCUGUUGAAGUCAUUAUGUCUCAAUUUGCAGGAAGGGUUGGCCUGUGGUCACACUCCUUGCAGCUUCCCUUGCUGCUGUGGCCAGUGGUACCCGCUGGCAGUGUGACCCUUUGGAAAAGCAGGCAUGUGUGGGACCAACCCUUGUGGAUGAGCAGACAUGUCACUGCUUGUCUGCAGAGACCAGGGCAUCUGCUCACUGAUGGAUCCUGGUUAGACAAAGUCCUUCCAGUUGUUUCUCCUCAUGUCUGCUGUCAUCCAAGGAAACGUCACCCUGCGGUAAUGCUGGGCUCAGGAUUUUCAAAGGCCAGCUGUCCCUCCACCCAGAAGGCAUUGGUAAUUUCUUUCCAGCAGGUGCCCCUGAGCAGACCUCGUGUGUUUUCUUAACCUUCAUCCAUGCAGAACCAGUCCCAAAGUCAUUGUAUGGAGCUCUUUAGUAGCUCUGUCCAUAAUGAAUUUCUAUGCCCUUUGCUAAAUAGUUUCCUCCUUUUUUGCAGUCAUUAAUUUAUCUGCCCAGUUGAUGGUUCCCCCCACUUUUCCCUGCACCUCUGAUGUCCCAGCUCGGCUUAGCACCUUAACCUGUGUGGGGGUGACAGUGGUACCCUCUCCAUAGGACCCUAUGGAUGUUAGGUGGGACUGCCUUCCCUGAGGCGUAGGGGGUAGACCACCUUCUCCAGGAGAUACGUAACUCCAGCCUGGUUUCUGUGCUGCAGCAGGGUGAGCACCACAGGGAGGAGGCCAGUCUGGCUGUGCACCAUGCUACAGGAAGACUGCUGUGCCCUUUGGGGUGAGUGGAGCCAGGUUUCCUGGUCUAUCAGAUGUCCAGGGAAAGAAAGGUCCAGCAUGUCCUGAGGUGGCAGGUUCUGAGCACAAGCUGGGAAGGAAGGGGAUGUCCUACAGUUUGCUGGGACAUGACCCUCUCCAGGAGCAUAGGUCUCACCCUCAGGUCCAGCAUUUAGUUGUCCUCCCCAUCCCAGGCUGUGCUUACCAGCCAGUUGUCCUGCUGAGAAUGGCCUGUAAGCCUCAAAUUCCCCUGCCAUGCACACAGACACCCACCUGAGAAAGGUCUUUGCCCCCAGAGUCCUGGACAACCAGUGCAGAGCCCCAUAAGCUGCUGGGCUGUACUGGUUCUGUCCUGCCCUGCAGGCUUUUCCACAAGGAGCGGGAGACCACGCUUUUUGUUGGAGGCCAGCAGGAUGCCCUGGGGACCCUGAUUUGGGAGUUUCUCUGGGUAGGGAAGACAUCCUUCUGCUGCCUUCAGCUGAGCCAUGGACCAUUGUCUCCACUACGUCAAGUGCUGGAAGAGGCAGAAUAAAUCAAGGCUGCAAAAUGC